GGCCGGAGACAGCGGCGGCAGAGGCUGCGACGGGGAGACGGCAGGUUGGGGUCCCGGCAGCCUGCCACGCCGCCAUGAGCUCCCAGCCCCGCCGCAUCCGCCUGAAGCCCUGGCUGGUGGCCCAGGUGAACAGCGGCCAGUACCCAGGUCUCUGCUGGGUGGAAACGGAGCGCAAGCAGUUCUGCAUCCCCUGGCGCCACGCCACGCGGCACACGCCCAACCAGGAAGACGAGAACACCAUUUUCAAGGCCUGGGCGAAAGAGACGGGCAAGUACAAUCCAUAAGUGGACGAAAUCGACUCUCCCGCCAAGUGGAAAGCCAACUUGCGCUGCGCCCUCAACAAGAGCCGGGAGUUCAACCUCAUUUACGACGGGACCAAAGACACCCCCAUGCAGCCGUACAAGAUCUACGAGGUCUGCGAUGUGCCACAGCCGAACGGAGAAUCCUUUGCUGGAGAGGAGCACGCUGGAGGUGAAGAGGAGGAAGAGGAGUUGCAGAAGAUGAUGCCGACGUUGAAGAUUGCAGAUCCUGGCCGCGGGGUGGAGCCGCUGCCCCCGUACCCGUGGCUGAAGCAAGAGGUCCCGUACCGCAGCUCGUGCGGCAACGGGCAUUUCCCGCAUUUGGGGCCCCGGGAUGUACCCGGCGUAUCUCCUUCGCCUCCUCAAGUCGGGCCUCCCUCGGCCUUCGUGGUCGGAGGGGAACACCCGGCGCCGAACUUUGCCGAAAGCCCCAACAGGAUGCCGUUGGCUCCUCUUGUCCCCGAGCCCAUGGAGCCCUUGCCUCAAGCGGUCUGUCCCAUCGUCCCGGUGGAGCAAUGCUUCCCCAAUCUGCUGAUCAGCCCCCACAUGCUACCAUUGACCGACCUGGACAUCAAGUUCCACUACCGCGGCCGCUCGGUGGGCAACCUGACCAUCAGCAACCCCCAGGGCUGCCGCCUCUUCUACAGCAACCUGGAGCCUACUCAAGAGCAAGUGGAGCUCUUUGGGCCAGUGACACUGGAGCAGGUGCGCUUCCCCAGCGCGGAGGCCGUGCCCAACGAGAAACAGCGCUUCUACACCCACCAGCUGCUGGACGUCUUGGAUCGGGGUCUCAUCCUGGAGCUGCAGGGCCAGGACAUCUACGCCAUCCGGCUGUGCCAAUGCAAAGUGUUCUGGACGGGGCCCUGCGCGGGGGAGCUGGCCGGCCCCAACCCCAUCGAGCGCGAGAAGAAGAUCAAGCUCUUCAGCUUGGAGAACUUCCUCAACGGACUCAUCAUGUUCCAAAAGGGUCAGAGCACGGUGCCCCCGCCUUACGAGAUUUUUUUCUGCUUUGGAGAAGAAUGGCCGGACCACAAACCCAAGGAGAAGAAGCUGAUCACAGUCCAGGUGGUACCCGUGGCCGCCCGCCUCCUCUUGGAGAUGUUCUCCGGAGAACUGUCCUGGUCCGCCGACAGCGUCCGCCUCCAGAUCUCGCACCCGGAUCUCAAGGACAAGAUGGUGGAGCAAUUCAAGGAACUGCACCAGCUCUGGCAAACGCAGCAAGCAGAACGCCCAGCCUGGGUGCUGGCGACGAGGCCGUGGGAACGGGCCGAUGCAGACCAACACGGCCUAACGAUGCACCAGUGAGGCAUCAGUCUCUGUCACCAGCAAUCUGGCUCUGAGCUGUGAACUGUUGGCCUGUUUCUCCCGUUCUGGACGCUGCGCAAUGAACCCAUUUACUAGAAGCUGUUGACUGAGGCCGGAAGUGCCACUCCUGGCUGUUUCAGAGGAAGUGCCAGCUAGAAGGGGAGAAACAUCUGGGUGACGAACAGCAGCCAGCCGUGCCUGCUGUCAGAACUGCCAGGUUGGGACAAGGACGCUGCCUCCAAAAGUCUCUGUGAACCUCCCAAGAAGGCCUUGAAGACCAGACCUCAUUCAGGCCACACGGAGGCAGAAAGUUAGAGGCGGGGUGUGACUACACUUGGCUUGGGACCGGAGGUCACAGUUCGCCCUAGACUCACAUAAAGAUGUUAGUCGGUUGUAUAUUCUUCCACUACAGAACAAGGCAUGCCGGACCUUCUAUGUUGUAGAAUGCUCCACCUGGAUACCUAGUGCCUACCUACCCCUGCUCCCUGCACCCCUUUGAAAGUAAAAAAUACAUUUUGGCAUAUAUAUUAUGCUCACGUCUCAAAGGACCAUGCUCAAUAAUGCACAGAAUAAUGGUCUUGACAAAGACAGUGCGUAAAAACGGACGAUAAUUCUCCUACUCGUUUGGGACUAUAUUCUAAUGCGGAAGCACGCCAUUUUCUCGACGGACCGAACCGAUAUCUUUCUGUGAAACAGGGUAUAGCCAUGUUACAAGCGGGGGGAGGGGGGGGGGCAAAAUUCACACUGCCUUCUGCCAUUUUCUCCGCCACCCCUUUGCUUCCUGCCGUCACGCUUCCCAGACGGGAGCGUCUGUAGAUGUGUCUCGGGAUGGAUGAAAAUCUCUGAAGAGGCCGAGUCCCUGCGGAACUUAAUGACCCUCCGUUGGCUGAGCUUCUGAAUGAAAGUUUGCAAA